ACGGGAACCGGGUUUCCUUCGGGUGAUCUUCACUCUCGCUGAGGUAAACACCGAGGACCUCGAUUCUAUAAAAGGGCCCUAAAUGGGCUGCAUAGACAAAGACGUAUUGCUACGCCGUCUCAAGUUCUACUUCAUCCUAAUGCAGGAGAGAUCAAGAUGAUCGUACAAACAGUUCUCGGCUUGUUGGCCUUAUACUCAGUCGGAGCAUCUGCUUCAGUCACCGUGCGGAAGACCGAUAAGGGCCCAACGGGCUACGAGGUCGACUUCAAAUACGUCAACACAACAGCCAACCGUGUACUCAUUGGUGGAGGGUUGAUGCCGUUUUCAGAUCACUUUCACACGACUUUAAACAACCGCGCGUGGUAUGAUCCUCACGACUACAAGCCCGGAGACUUUUACGUAGCCGGCGGACAGAUGCCGGACGGCUACCAGUGGCCGUACGAGAUGAAGAGCGAUGGCGAUGGCGUGUGGAGUUAUACAACGCCACUCCCGUCGGGCAUUUAUAGCUAUGCGUACCUAAUCGACUGCGACUUCCCGCCGAACUGCAGCAUCGUUACCGGCCAACUCGUCACCGACCCGGACCUGCCUCCCUUCGAAAACGUCAAAGGAGACCAGGUAUCAUCCAGCUUCCAGGUGCCAUUCGACGCGCGGUUCCAAGGAACCGACGACAUAACUGCGAAUUUCAACUACGCGCUUCCUGCUCCCGCCGAGUUCCGAGGCACCGUCAAGUCAGUCAACUACACGUCGCCCGGAUCGAUCCAUCCCGCACCGGAUGUCCACCACCUCGCCCUCUACCUGCCGGCGGAAUACGGGAAGGUAGAGGGGAAGAAGUACCCGCUCCUGUACCUGUCGCACGGCGCGGGGGGUAACGGGAACGACUGGGAGAACCAGGGGCGCAUGUCGAGCAUCAUGGACAACCUGAUCGCGGCGGGGCACAUCGCGCCGACGGUAGUCGUGAUGCCGUCGUUCUACAACCUGGACGACAGCCUGCCGCGGUUCGUCAUGGGCGACGCGUCGACCACGUUCGCGCUCCCCGCCCCCGAGCGCAUCCGGGAGAACUACCAGAAGCACCUGUUCCCGUGGGUGGCGGCGAACGUGCCGCACGUGUGCGACGCGCCGGGGUGCCGGGCGUUCGCGGGCCUGUCGUGGGGCGGGCGGCUCGCGUACGAGAUGUACGCGCACGCGACGGACUACUUCGACUGGUACGGGCUGUUCUCGCCGGCGACGAUGAACGUGUCGUACGUGGACGCGGGGGCGCUGGCGGCGAACCCGGCGCUAGGCCGGAAGGGGCUGUUCGUCGCGUACGGGCUGUACGACUCCGUGUUCGAGGCCGCGCUCGACGGGCUGGGCGUCGGGUUCCUGUCGCGGGUAUCGCCGUUCGGCGGGCACUACUGGAACACGUGGCAGGACGAGCUGUGGUGGUUCGGCGUCAAGGCCCUGUGGAAGCCGUUCCCGUAUACGCAGCGGACCGGGCGGUAGGUACUUACAAGGUCUAGGUAGAUACCUAACCUGUCAUAGGGGUAGGUAUACCUAACGUCAAAUA